CUUCACUCAAGAACUAUCAUGGAUAGAACUGUUAAUAUUAUAGCUGCAGGUGAUAGAUCAGAUAGAAGUACUCUGUAUCUCGAUUAUGACCCACCUGUCAACUGGGGACCAAUUCUUCCCAACAAUGAAGGAAAUAAUCUGGAUGUUGUAAACCUCGGAGAAACAUUAGCAAAUACUUAUUUGGGUGCAGCAGCAGCAGCAGCAGCCAUCCGAAAUAACCCUACUAGAUUUAAUGCAUCAACUAGUGUAGUGUCAGACAGUAAUGGAUGGAGAGAGACCCUGAGAGAAGCUGAUACUGGUUUGGAUGCAGCGGCAGGCACCCGAAAUACCCAAGCUACUAGAUUGAAUGCAGGUAUUCGAGGGUUACAAAUUGGAGGGAGAGAGAGUGUUAAUCGAGAGGGAAGGAUAUUCCAGUUGAUGAAUGACGUCGAUAAACAGCCCCUCUUUAAUAAGCUAAUUGAGUCAGCCGAUGUCUCUUUGUUGACGCGGUUUGUAGCCAAGAUAGUUUCGCAGCCUGAAUCACUUAUCAAGGCAUCUCUUAAUUCACAUGGCGUAAAAUCAGUUCGGAAGCUUAUCAAAGUGCUUGGAAAGACUAGCUUGGUUUCUGAUAUGAAUACAGCUCUCUGCACUGACAAUGGAUUCUAUAGAUUGAUGACACAUCCAAUCGGAUCUUCUGUUAUAUUAAAGUGUCUGGAUGUAGCUAGUUCUGAGCAAAACAAGUUGCUAUACGAAGCAGCCAUAAUGUACUGUCUCGAACUGGCCAAACAUGAAAGAGGAUGCAUAAACUUGAAAAAGUUCAUCACAUCUAGCAGAGGCCAAGGCAGACAACAACUCCUAGAUUUUAUUGCAGGACAUUCGUUGUACCUCUCUCAAGAUCCCACUGGGAACUAUGUCUUGCAGCAUGUCCUUGCACUUCAUGAUCCUGCCUUGACUAAUAAGAUCUGCUCUGUUCUGAGAGGCCACUAUGUACAUAUUUCUUUACAGAAAGGUGGCAGUCAUGUGGUAGAGAGAUGCUUGGAAUCUUCAGGAAUGGAAUAUGUGCUUGGGGAACUUCUCAAGACUGACAAUGUUCACGAACUCUUACAACUUGCUCGAAAUCGUUAUGGGAACUAUGUGGUCCAAGCAGCUCUGAUAGCCACAAAGCGUGCAGGUAGUCCCUCCUUUCAAAUGCUUCUAUGGCUCCUGCAACAGCAUUCGUAUGCUCUCCAAUCAGGAUACGGAUGCAAUGUCUUGAAGCUGAUUGCACGUGAGGAUUGCAGAAACAAGAUACAACUUUGAUCGUGAAAGUAGUAGAUCGAGUGUUCUAUUUUUGUUGAGAUUCUCUGUUAUUUUUGGGAUUAGUUGAGUUGCUUCUUUGUAGUUAAUUAAUAUUGUAGUGUGAAUAGGAUCAUGUCUGCUUACUCUCAAGUGG